AUGCAGACCAACUCGAUUCUCGUCAGCUUUCUCGCCUCGGGCCUCACCGUCGCUGCUCUCCAGUCCUACACCGACCCUGCCGACUGCACGCCUUCAGGUGUUGCUUAUAUGUCUCCAAUGCACACGAGUCCUGCGCAGGUGGCCCCGGAAGCAACCUCUUCCAUGGGCAUUGACAAGUACGACACUCCCUCUGGCCCUUAUGCCAGUCCCCAAAUGGAGCACACCUCCAAUGUCCCAACGCAGCACACCUCCAAUGCCCCCGUGGAGCAGACUCCCAGCCCAAGCCACGUCACUGUCCAUCAGUCUGAGAGUCCCGACUGGACCACCUCGAGCUAUCCUUAUCAGUACACCGGCGUGCACACUUCGAACAGCCCCCAGAGCAGCAUUACUGGCGCAUUCAAGACUUCCAAGAUGAUCACGACUGCUGCCCCUACCUACUACAAUCCUGUUCAGAGUGUUGCCCACCGCAUGGGUGCUCAAGGUUUGUUCCUCGCGACUGUCGUUGCUGGUCUUCUCUUCUUGUAA